AUGCCUAACAAUAUCGACGCCAGCGUGAAAAUUUGGGCUGUAUGUUUUCAACAUUACCUUUUCACAUAAAAAGGCUUGAAGUCGUUGUUUUUCUUGUACAUUAUUUUGCCGAUAUCGCAGGUAACAAUUUAACCUCUCGAUUAUAUGCCUUUAUUUGCUUUUCAGUAUCUUUUAAAGCUUCUUCAGGGAAGAAACCCCCGUCUUUACAGUUAUCAAAACAGUCUACCUAGCCUUCCUCUCCCUAGCCUACGUGAUACACUGGAACGUGUAAGUUCUUCUAUCGACUUUGUAAAUUGCAGACUGCCGCUACUAUUGUUUGAUGUAAAGCUGCGCGCACUCCAUUUUAUGGUCGUAUGAGUCUGCUUCGGUCAUUCAGUGCGGAUGGUUUUUCAAAACUAUUGGGAGAAAGGAACUAUCUCAGUAGUUCAUCCAUGAGAGGUAAUAUGGCCAGGCCACAUUCGGGCAGAGGUACUCUUGAAUCUAUCGUGCUUCCGUCGCGCUGAUCACGCUAUCACACCUUGCAAGAGUCCAUUUUUGAGACGCCUAUAUAAUAGCAGCAAAAAUGUCUCCAGAUCGUUCGGUUAUUUCAUCAGAGGUCCUUCGUGCCAGGAACUUGAACGGUGUGCUUCAAUUUGCACCAACUCUUCUGAAAUAAGAAGUCUCCGGAGAGUUUUGCUCUCGGAGGUGGAUAUGGGGGAGCUCGAGACAGGGCCAAGAUCCCUAAGAUGGUUAUUAUAAAAUUUCUUCACAGGACAGGCCUUAGCAACAGCAUGUAACCAGAGCGUACUUGGCGAAAACUGCUCACACAGACGGACGGAAUUGACCCUGCAUAUUCGAAUAAGUAUUUAGUCCAGAUCAUUUGGACUAUGACCGUUUUUUGAACACCUAAUGAAUGUAUCUCUUGAGCCAAAUAUUUGUGUUAACUAGACGACCCAUGGCACCCGUACUAAAGUGUUUUCGUUCAGGCAAAUUUUUAUGCUAUAUUUCCAAACAUGUCUCCCAGACGCCUCGCCUUCCUCUUUCUGGCAUUGUCAUCCCGCGCAGAAAAGAAAGACUCCAGUCUACUGAUCGUGGUCUGGAUACGUCCCUCACAGCGAGCAAUAGCGGUUAAGGAAUUCACAUAAUAAUGGAUAAUUACGAAUGGUCAAAUUCAGUUCUAUGGCCUUCAAGUGGGUCUCUGAAUAGUUGUCCAACUUUUAAGUUCGCAUUUCUGGGAAAAAUCUUUGAAAGAGGUACACAAAUGUCCCAUCGGACUCGGCCGCGCUUUAGUGGGAGGUCACCAUAUCUAUCCUUAUUGCAGCAACGCAGCUACUAACUCCGCUAACCGGCAGAUAAGUCCCUGUUUCUCACGCGAUAUUUGGUCCUGUGCGACGAGUGUUACAUUUAUUUAGGGGCCGUCCGUAGAAAUAUAUUAAUAAGCCGUGUUCCAUCACUCAAGUCUGGUUUUUGCAGGCGGAUAUAAAGCGGACCACGUUUGAUUAACUUGCUGCAUCUUCAGCGACUCAGAAAAUUUCCCUCUCUUUCCACAUAGUACUUGGCCUCUGUCCGGUGUCUGCACACAGAAGCGGACUUUGCCGAACUGUGUCGCAAGGCUAGGGAAUUCCGCAAAGGCAGCGGUCGAAAGCUGCAGUUCUUCCUGAACGUCAAAUACUGGCUCACCAGCAAUUAUGUAAGUCCCAUUUUCCGUCGAACCCACUGCACUCGUUCACACCUCCCUCGUUAUUCGCUCAUUUUUUGUGUUCUUGAAACACCGCUAGGUCUCCGAUUGGUGGGAGGAGUACGUCUACCUCAGCAGCCGGGCCCCGCUGAUGAGCAACAGCAAUUACUACGGUCUUGAUGCCAUGUGGGGCCCGCCUGGCUGUCCUACGCAGGCGGCUCGUGCAGCAUUCCUCGUCUACCACUGCCUCAAGAUUCGUCAUGCCAUUUACCUUGGCGAGGUUCGUGAUCAUCUUCUCCUUCAUGCUCCGUUUAUCCUUGACGUUUAAGUAUGUUCCUCGCGAUCCAAGUAACAGUCUGGCAGCCUUUUGCUGCAGAAAAUUGAUCAUGGCCCUGAUAAAAUGUUAGUACAAGCUAAAAACGACACAAAACACUUUUAGUCAAAUUAUUCGGACCGAAUUAAGUGGUAACGUGCAUUGUAGGAAUCCCGGGAACCACUUCCAGAGGGGGGGGGGACAAAAUGAAAACGGUUGUAAUGGCUUUGGUAAAAAACAGAUCCAGCAUCCCGCCAGCUACUGUGCCUAUUCGGUCGACCCGAUCCAGACAUACCACCAACGCAUGAGGUUGAUUCGCCCUAUAGAUAUCGUCACCUUGAGCGCAUAAGUGAAGCUCUGGCCCGAUGGCUCAAGGUGACUGAAACACCACUUCGACCAGAGUUGUGAGUGGUACCAAUAGAAUCACUGUCUGGCAAAUUCGACUGCCUAUUUGCCAGAUUCCGUAGCCAGCUUAUCGCAGACCUAGCUUCUAUCGGGGACUGUCCUGAUGUUCACCUCCCGUGGCCGCAACAGGUUGAUCGCUGGUAAGAUUAGAAGUAGCGCGAUCAUUUGCACGACUUUGUUUGGGAAUUUUAAAGAGCGUGAGAUCCUUCUGAAGUCCUACGGCAGACUUGCGUCUCCUCGUGACUCAAUCUACCGACUCCCAGGUUUCCAUCAUUUCACCUAGUAGUCUGCCGCACGUCAGAUCACCAUGUUCCUUGACGGUUGGAGUCGCCAUGGCGCUGUGAAAAAUGCUCAACCGACUACGGCUUAGCCAACCAGAUGCUAUUCUGUGCAGUGAAUAUGCAUGCACAUUUCAAUGUUUCUGCUCACUCAUUCGGGUCAGAGUAUGACAUGUCAGCCGUAACGAACAAAGAUGUCUGCCAUGUGCCCCGCAGCAUGGCGGAUUCAGGGACGGUGACUUGCUCAACACCUCUUGUUCCUCACCCACCGAACCCGGUGUCAAGACAGAGUCAAGAAGACAGGGGCGAAACCGGACGCAGCUCGUCUGUCCCCUGUCCAAAGGAACAGAGUUUUACCAAAACAACUAAAGAACAGCCUGGAUCCUAAAUGGGGUCAUAGAAGCCAUAUUAGAGGGUCAUUGUGACCUGUUUCUCCGCCCUGCGAGGACCCAGUUACCCCAUCAAUUGGCAGCCUUCCAAACCCUGGAUGUUAGCUCACUGUGACAGUUUAAAAGCGCGUGGGAUUGUUUAUAAUGAGGAAUAUGAGCUUAGUGUGAGGAGCAGAGUUCGCAGAGUCAACGUCAUCCUCUUUUAGAUUCCAGUCCACCGCCCGAGUCGGUCAGUCGUCUGAUGCGGGGAUUGGGCCGGUCAGAGUACAACGGGCUUAAAAAGACAUAAAAAGUCUGCAACGGCCUCUGUCUCAAUUCUCACGUCUUUGUCUUUCACUGGUCACUUUUCGGCGUAGUGGAAAUUCGUUUAUUGGUGACGCACAUCCCCACAGGCGUUGUUUGUUGGGUUCCGAGGGCGGGGCGGAUCAGUGUGACUUUCUUCAUAUGUGUGUAGUUACCCAACCCGUGUCGACGACGACUGGGGAGGCAUCUGUGGUUCGGUGAUGCCCCUGGCCCAUCCACCAGACGUAGUCCGUGGGCCAUCUGGACGUCAAUGUGCGUUCCAGCUGUAGGUACGUUUGGGAAUUAGUUCCUGUGUAAAUAAGGCGUAAUGAGUGAUCCUGAAACGGCCGCUGUCUUAGUCUCCUCUGUCACGAUUUUGGUGACAUUUUACAAUGAUCUUUGUUCUCUUUUGUUUAUGCAACGUAAAGUUGUGUUCACUUCCAUAUAACCUAACGAUAACUGUAUUCUAUUUACCCCUGUUGCUUCACCUCGGUAGAUGGAGCCAAUCAUGCUUCACGGGAUCGUUCCGCUCUGCUCCCUCCAGUAUGAGCGGCAGUUCAACACCACCCGCAUUCCUGAAACCGGCAAAGACGUGCUAGUUCAUUGGACCAAAUCAGACCACAUUGCCGUCUACCAUC